AUGUCCGUCUUCGCCCUGGCCCCCAAGCCCCCCAGUCUCCUCGGCUACCACCGCGUCCUCUCCAGCACCGCCGGCGUCAAGGUCUCGCCGCUAUGCCUGGGCACCAUGAACUUCGGCACGACCUGGAAGGACUUUAUGGGCGAGUGCGACAAGGAGCAGUCGUUUGCGCUACUGGAUGAGUUCUUCAGGCUGGGCGGGAACUUCUUGGAUACAGCCAACAACUACCAACAAGAAGAGUCGGAAACCUGGAUCGGAGAGUGGAUGAAGGCGCGCGGGAAUCGCGAUCAGAUGGUCAUCGCAACAAAAUACACAACCGGCUACCGCACCUCCCACCGAGCCACGCAGCCCCUCCAAUCCAACUACGUCGGCAACUCCCUAAAGUCCCUCCGGCUCUCCGUGACCGCCAGCCUUGAAAAGCUGCAGACCGACUAUAUCGACAUUCUCUACGUGCACUGGUGGGACUUCACCACCUCCGUGGAGGAGGUCAUGCACGGCCUCAACGCCCUAGUCACCUCGGGGAGGGUCCUCUACCUCGGCGUCUCAGACACACCCGCCUGGAUAGUCGUCAAGGCGAACGACUACGCCCGCGCCCAUGGAUUACGUCCGUUCAGCGUCUACCAGGGCAAAUGGAACGCUGGGUUCCGCGACAUCGAGCGCGAGAUCCUCCCUAUGUGUCGCGACCAGGGAAUGGCGAUUGCGCCGUGGGCGCCGCUGGGACAGGGGAGGUUUAAGGCUGCGAAGGCGCGCGAUGCCGGUGAUGGGAGUGCGCGGGCGUCGAAGAUGAGCGAGGAGGAGGUCAGGGUGUCGGAUGCGCUUGAGAAGAUUGCGCAGGGGAAGGGCGUGAGCUUGCAUGCGAUUGCCCUCGCUUACAUCCUGCACAAAUCACCACACGUCUUCCCGAUCAUCGGGCAGCGCAAGAUCGAGCACCUCCGCGCCAAUGUCGAAGCCCUGAGCGUGCGUCUGUCGGCCUCCGAGCUCGAUGACAUCGACGCCGCGUCGUCCUUCGACGUCGGGUUCCCCAUGAACUUCAUCUUCCGCGAUUACUCGACGACGCGGAGUACCGCUGCGGAUGUCUGGUUGACGCAGGUGGCGGCGCAUAUCGAUGCGCCGCCGCAUCCGGGCCCGGUUGUGCCGAGGGGGGAGUAA